AUGGGUAAAAUCCAGCGACUGCCUCAAGAAGUGGUGAAUAGAAUGGCGGCCGGAGAGGUCCUGGCCCGACCGUACAAUGCGAUAAAAGAGCUUGUGGAGAACUCGCUGGACGCGGGCGCCACAGAAAUAACCGUGAUGAUGGCGGACGGCGGACUGAAAUCGCUGCAAGUGUCGGACAACGGAAAGGGCAUCGAGCGCGAGGACUUUGAGUUGGUCUGCGAGCGAUUCGCCACGUCGAAACUGCAAAAGUUCGAGGAUCUGCUGCACAUGCAGACGUACGGAUUCCGCGGAGAGGCACUCGCCUCCCUCAGCCACGUGGCAAAAGUGAAUAUUGUGUCGAAGCGGCCGGAGGCCCAGUGCGCGUAUCAGGCAGACUUUUUGGGUGAGAAUGUGCUAAAGUUGCCGAUCUUUUUUUCAUAAUUGCAAUUCUCCGAAUGUCUCGCUCAGCCCGGACAUUAGAGAAGUUGAACGGAAAUUUCGUUGUCUAAAAUAAAAUGCAGAAUUUCCUUCCCGAAUCGCCGAGAUCCCGACCGGAUAAACUCAUAAAUAAGCGAUUUCUCUACAAUUUUCAGACGGAAAAAUGUUGGCGCCGACACGUGCGGCCGCGGGCAGGAACGGCACGUGCAUCACCGCCACCGAUCUAUUCUACAACCUGCCGAUGCGACGGAGUAAAAUGGCGACGCGCGGCGAGGAGGCCCGAAUGGUCUACGACACUCUUCUCCGAUUCGCAGUCCAUCGACCGUUCGUGAAUAGCUGAAUGCUUUGUGAAAGAGCAGAAAAGAAAACGUGUGCGCGAACCUUCCAUGUCAUGGUAUACGUGCUCAACCGAUCGAAAUAGAAUAAUCGGGCUGAGCACGUACCACCAGGACACAGACAACGGCUUCGGCAGAAACUUACCAACUCGUACGGGUCAUUCAGACGCAUCUGGAGGCGAUAAAUUCAGAGAAUACACUGAAAAACCUUAGAUUUCGAGACUGCGCCGGCGCUUGGCCGGAAGAUCAAAAGGCAACAAAAAAGCGCCGGAAACCUUCCGUGAUGGGCACAUUAGCUGGCUACCGACAAAUCCAGUGGUUGGCCAGCAAUGAGCCCGUCACAGAAAACGGUUCGGACAAACUUACAUUUCCGAAGCAAAAUAGUAGAGAACAGAAAAACCGAAGAUUUUCGGGCCUUUUAAAGCGAGGGGGCGUGGCCUAGAUUUUCAGUAUUUUCGCGCCCGCGCUCGGACGGGAGAUCAUAAGGAUUGUAAUUUAGAGUGUACAAAUCACGUUUUUCGGCGAUUUUCCAAGUGAAAAAUCAGAAAAAUCGAGAAAUUUUCGACACAUUUGAAGUUUGCCCAUUUCAGAGAUGUUUCGUUCGCCCUCCGCCAGAACCAAUCGACCGAUUUUCGGACGAAAGGCGACGGAAACCAUCGAGAUGUCGUCAGCCAUCUACUCGGACGGGAUAUUGCCGAUGUGCACCCCCGUUUUUCGGCAUUUUACACAUUUUUUCGCAUUUUCAGACAAUUCUGCCGUUGUCGUUGGAGUCCGCCCGUCUCAAAUUCCAGUUCUCCGGACACAUUUCGAAGCCGAUCGCCGCGGCGACCGCGAAAUUGGCGCAGACGAGAAAAGUACGUUUUUUUGGUACACAUCGCCUAUUUUUCCAACAAAUUAACUAUUCUCCGUUUCAGACGUCGCGCUCGUUCUUCAGCGUGUUCAUCAACGGCCGCAGUGUCCGGUGCGAUAUUCUGAAGCAUCCGCUUGACGACGUCCUCCAGAACCGGUCCCUUUUCUGUCAAUUCUGCGCAGUCCAUCUGAAAAUCGACGAAACGCGCAUCGAUGUGAACGUGCACCCGACGAAAAGUUCGGUGAUUUUUCUGGAAAAAGAGGAGAUUGUGGCCGAUAUUCGCGCCUAUUUCGAGCAAUUCAUCAACGAGCUCUUCGGAUUUUCGGCCUCGGAAAACACGAAAACUCCGGAAGAAUUGGAGUCAGAAUUCAAUUUCUCACAAAUUCCCAUAAUUUCAAUGUCCCAAUCGAUAAAAUCGAUAGAGGCCGUGCGAAAAAGCAGCCAGAAACCGGAAAUUGCGAGAAAAUUUGCGGAAAAUUCGGCGAAAAAGCGCGUCGAUUAUAUGGAGAUUCGGACGGAUUCGAAAGAGCGAAAAAUCGACGAAUUCGUCGUUCGAUGUAAUUCUCCGCAGAAUCGGAAGCGAGAGAGAAUCGUGGAUUCGCAGGAGAUUUUCAACGAAGAAGAAGAAGCCGAAGAGAAUUCCCAAAAAGGGGCGGAGUUUGACGACGUGUCAAUGGUGUCGUUGGCCAGCACAAUCGGCGACGAAUCGCAGGAGCUCGCCGACGAAACCCGCGAAUUCCACUUCGAUUCUCUGCAGAAUUUGCGCAAAACCCUCGUCGGAACCGCCUCGCUUUCCCUCCGCGAACUCUUCAAAACGUGCUCGUUCGUCGGCUCGGUCGACGCCGAAACCGUGCUCGUCCAAUUCGGAACCGCCCUUUACCAAAUCGACUUUUCCGCCGUUCUCCACGAGUUUUUCUACCAGAUCUCACUGUUUUCGUUCGGAAAUUUCGGAUCGUAUAAGCUGGAGGAGGAGCCGCCCGCGAUCGGCGAAAUGCUCGAAUUGCUCGGAGAGCUCAGCCAGGGAGAUGAGAACUAUGCGGCUUUUCAGGCCAGUUUGAAUUAUCCGAUCGGGACCAAACUUUUCAGACUUCUUGGACUUGGAUUGAAAUAUUAUGAAGGAAAAAUAAUAGGGUCAAGAUUCAGACGGAUCCGAUUAUUCACUUCACGAUUAUUCACGAGGAAAUUGUCGCAGGAUCUCCAGCGUUAAUAAUCGGAUCGGUAUAAAACUUGGACUCAAAACACUUCCAUCCAAGCCCAAAAAGCCUGCAAGAUGUGGGCCCGAUCCGAAAAUUGCAUUUCAGAUGUUCGCCGAGCCACAAAAGCGAGAGGAAGCCGAGAAAAUUCUCGCGGAGCACUCCGAACUGCUCCACGAUUACUUUGCCAUCAAAAUGGAGUGGCAAGAGUUGGAAACGGGAGAGCGACGUCUGAAAUUGACAGAAAUUCCGUCGCUUGUGCAUCACUACGUGCCGCAGCUCGAAAAGCUUCCGUUUCUGAUCGCCGCACUCGUUUUGGACGUUGAUUAUGAUGAUGUUAGUGGUUUUCUGGAAAAAAUCAGACAAUAUCGCAUGUUCAACCUCGUUGCCGCUUUAUUCCUCCCCCUUUUCCAAGCAUUUUCUAGUACGGACAUCAAAAAAUUAGCGUAUCAUGAAGAUGAGCUAAUUUUUCAAUGUCAGUACGAAAAAUGCCUAGAAAAGCGCAAGGAAUAGAGGAGUAAGAGUUUGGAUUUUCAAAAAUGUUGAAAUUUGGGCUGUUACUUUUGGAAAAUAAAAGUGUUCGAACACGAAUCCGUUCCUAUUGUGCCUCUCUUGUCACCAGAAAUUGGGUCUUCUAGGUGGACAACGGGAGACAAACUAGGAACCGAUUGGCUCGCCGAGCAAUUUACCUGUUUUUUUGGCCGACAAAGAAAACAGUAGUGAAAAUACCUGAAAUUUAAGCACACCCAAAAAGGAAAACUGUCCGAAGACGUUCUGUGACCAAUCGGUGACACUGGUUAUCCAAGAACAUAGGAUAACCAGAGAUCGAAAGGUCACAGAAAACGGUUCGGAACAAACUCACCGUUUUUAGAAGAUCAAUAAUAAAGAAUAGAGAAUAGAACAAGAGAAGAACAAUUUUUGCAGGAAGAAAAGUGUUUUUCGUCGAUUUGCCGAGCUAUCGGCGACCUGUUUUCGUUGCAAAACGGCUUCGUCACCGCGGACAAACGCGUCUCGGAAUUCUCGUCGAUGCGCUGGAAACCGCUCGUCAAACAGAUCCUUUUCCCGCUGGUCAAACGCAAAUUCAUCCCGCCCGAGAGCUUCAAAGAGCACAAAGUGAUACGGCAGCUGGCCGACGCGCACGAUUUGUACAAGGUGUUCGAGCGAUGUGGAUCCUAAAUCAUUCCUAAUUUCUUGCCGAAUAAAUCAUUUUCUUACGUGACCUUUUCCUACGUGUGGCAACUACUCGGAAAGCAGAAAAAUAUUUGAAAAUCAUAGAAAUCCGGCGAAAAAUGGCUAAUUUUGUAAAUUUGCAUAACGUCUCGGUAACUAAGCAACAAAGAAUUUUUGCAGCUUCGAAAUUUCAGCACAGUUUCCCGACAGAAGCCGCAGAGACUCUGAGCAUGGUCCGCUUGCAAUUUCCGCUCAAUGAGCUGACCGAAAAACAAUGGAAAGUGCUCGAAUGUCUGGCAGACCCGGAAAAAGGUAAUUUUUGCGCGAAUCUAGACAUUUUACAACAGCCUCAUUUACAGGACUUCCGAUCGAUCGAAUUGUGACUUAUCGACUGUGCGAACGCCUGGAAUUUUGCGCCGAAAACGGAUUGCACCUCCGCGUCGCCCGUUACCUGGAGCUCCGGCCGGCGACUCGUCGAAUUGUGCUCAAAAAGACGGUCAAAGUGCUGCCGACGGUGUUUCCCGCGGAAAUGUAUCUAAAGCGCCACGAUUUUGUGUUGAAAUUCUAG